AUGGCUUCGCAUUACAGCAAUUCGUACUACGCGCCGGCCAGUAAUGAGCGACCGCGGCGACAGCAGCGCACGCGCUCGAGCAACGGAACUGUCAGCACCACGGUGAGCUCGUCCUCUGGACGGGAGUCUGCAGCAACCAAUAUGACGGACGUGCCGGCCUACUCCAAGAAGAUUGUGGUGGUCGGUGAUGGCGGCUGCGGCAAGACGUGCUUGCUCAUCAGCUACAGCCAAGGGUACUUCCCAGAGAAAUACGUCCCGACUGUUUUCGAGAACUACAUCACAUACCCCACGCAUGGUCCUACUGGAAAGACCGUCGAGCUAGCCUUGUGGGAUACCGCCGGCCAAGAGGAAUACGACCGUCUGCGCCCGCUCUCUUAUCCCGAGACGGACCUGAUUUUUGUCUGCUUCGCCAUCGACUGCCCAAACUCACUGGACAAUGUUCUGGACAAGUGGUAUCCCGAAGUCCUGCACUUCUGCCCGUACACCCCACUCAUCCUGGUCGGCCUCAAGUCGGAUCUGCGCUACAAAAAGACUUGCAUCGACAUGCUCAAAACCCAGGGCCUGACACCAGUCACCACGGAACAGGGACUGGCCGUUUCCGAGAAGAUGGGUGCCCAGUACAUGGAGUGCAGUAGCAAGGAAAUGCUAGGAGUCGACGAGAUUUUUGAGCGCGCCAUUCUUACCGUGGUUGCCAACGACAGGCGGAACCAUGACGCCGUGGCACUCGGCUCUGGUAAUGAGAAGAUUGGGCCCAUUCCCGGAAUGAAGCCGCCCAAGAAGAAGAGACGAUGCCAACUUCUUUAA